AGCAUGGCCUUCAGCGGCAAGUUCGAGUUGGAGAGUGAGAAGAAUUAUGACGAGUUCAUGAAGCGCCUGGGUCAAUCCGGCGAGGUGAUCGAGAAGGCUCGCAACUUCAAGACCAUCACGGAGAUACAGCAGAACGGGCAGGACUUCAUCUGGGCCCAGUCCUACUCUGGGGGCCACAUCAUGACCAACAAAUUCACCAUUGGCAAGGAAAGUGAGAUACAGACCAUGGGCGGCAAGAAGUUCAAGGCUACCGUGCAGAUGGAGGGCAAUAAGCUGGUGGUGGACUUCCCCAACUAUCACCACACCUCGGAGGUGGUGGGUGACAAGCUGGUGGAGAUCUCCACCGUUGGCGGUGUGACUUAUGAGCGCGUGAGCAAGAGGGUGGCCUGA